AUGAUGGAGGGAGUCCGGAUGGGACCUUGUAAGCAGGCCACAGUGCCAUCCCUGAAAGCAGUGCCAUUGGCGUAUAAGGGUGCCAUCGCUCUGUCCGUUAACAUCGAAAAAAAAGAGAAAAAGAAAUAUCCAAAGCUAAAGCACGAAAAAUAUCCAAAGCUAAAGCACGAAGUCAUAACUGUCUUCGAGCGCUUUCUAAACCCAUGGUGCUGCGCCCAGCAGCACAGACAGGCAGACAAAAAUGAUAUCCAGUUGCUGAACUGUCAGGAAGGAGACGUGACGAUUAUAGCGAAAUUCUGCAAAGCCCAAGCAGGUGUCGUCAUCAGUCUAAACGAGUUUUCCCAUCAUGGGGCCAGGCUGUUUGGCAAGACUGGAAACGGGAAGCCAACGAUAUUCAUAAUUGACCUCAUCAUUGCUCCUCUAGACGAGAUGAGGGAGAGGCAGGGAACAGAGCAGGCGAGAGGACGCGUUGCUACAAAGCCUCGUUUCCUGGAGUCCCUCCAUGCUUCCCUCACCAGAUGUGUAACACCCACAGCUCUGGAAGAGCCUCAGUCUUGUGAUAAGAAGAGAGCCCAAAGGUGCGAUGUCAGCUCACUGCGAUUUUUGCUUACAGGGCUGGAAAGACUAGGUCAAAACCCGCUGGUGCUCUGGCUCGUGCUCAUUGACAGUGAUGCUGAUAGGAUGGGGCAGCAAAGGGGGAAUCAAGUGAACAAGGACUGUGGGAGUGUGUGGCAGGAAUUAAAGCAGACUAACCUUCAACUUACAAGCAUAAAAAGCUACAUCAACAUUGUCGUUCACCUGAGCAGCAUGCACCGCAGGUCUCACAGCAGGUCACGGCUCUACUCCGUUCUGUGUCAGCUGGGGGUUCUUAUUGUGCUCAAACAGCAAGAGCCUGGGCAGCUGCUUUGGGGUUGGACUAUCCUGGAGAUCAUGGAGCCCCAGACCUCUCUGGACUAGCUCCUGGUAUAUUGCAUCCAAAAAUGUUCCACUCUAAAGAAAUGGCUGCAACUGAUCCCAUUCCUGACUACCAACACAGUCAGCCAGGAGGAGGUUCCUUUGACUCAAUAAAUGAGCAUCCUCAUCCCCGGGCCUCUGAUGGAUUCCCGCUGAUUGAUGCCUUUCAAGCACCAGUUUCAAGUGACUCCAAAACUAACAAACUGCUCCGUUCUUAUGGAGGACCAUUGUAUGGUAAUGGGGGCUCUGGUUCUGAACAGGUCAAGCAUGUUGCUCUUCUACCACUAGUUGAGGCCCCCAGUCCAUCUGACCAGGUGGAUCUGGAUCCUAGAGGUCAUAAGCCCCUCUCCCUCAACUACGAUAAGUAUGACCCUACUGUUGAGUCUGCCCAAAAUAGUUUGGGCAUAUUUCUGCAUGAAGUUCCCCAUAGCAGGGGUGAUGCUGCUCACCAAGGUGGACAAACUGUUAAUGGACCUCUUGGAAAAAGGGUCAGGGGAAAGCUUUCUAGUCCUAGAUAUAGUACAUGGAAGAUUAUUAGGUAUCCUGCCCAUCUUCAGCCCAGAGGUGUCAUUGUCAAACCAUUUUUUCAAGGUAAAGGUGCUCUUAAACAUUUGAGGAAACCUAAAUAAAGUCAUUUUCAUCCCAGUCUGACUCGAGGCUAGCUUGAGCUGAAUUAGGAGGCGAACCUAUUAAAAUAUGAAGAAACUCUUUAAGAAUCUGUUUUGCCUUUUUAUUUUCCCCGUCUCAUAAAUGGGUUCUGAAGUCUGGAUGAUACCAGAGUGCCAUCUGUUGGUCCCAAUGGGAAGAGAUUGUUUUGGCUGAAAUGGGGUUUUUAACAGGUGCUAUCCAACAGAAGGUCAGUGCUUGACAAAUUCUGUGGUCUGUUUACAAUCUGCUGUUUGCAAUCACUACUAGUGGUUUUUGGUCUUUUUAGUGACUCCGUGUCUCACUGCAGUCUGGGAUCUUUAAUAGAGGAAAAUGAACUGUUAAAUGUGGCUUUACAUUUCUGCAACCUUCUCUAGAAAUGUAAUCCUGUGAUUUGUUAUAAAAAAAGAAUUCAG